AUGCGUCUCACUUUCAUCUUCGCGGCGGUCAUCGCGGCCUCUCUCCAUGCCAGCGGCGCUGCCCUCCCUUCGGCCACGGCAUCCAAGAUCGCUGAGGUCGAGAACGAUGCCUUCCCUGCUACCGCUGAUUCCGCUCAUGCCGAUGGCGGGGGAAUGCUUCGCCGUAUCGAGAAGAACGACAAGAUCAAUGAAGAGCGAAUUGACUUCUUGAAGUUUUGGAAGGCGCUCACUUCGAAAAAAAUCAAGAAGGCUGAGAACAUGACCCCAGAGGAGCUGACCAAGUGGCUUGCUAAGGAAGCAAAGAAGAUGGGCAUGUGA